GUUCAGAUAGAGCCUUCUCUGGACACUCGACAUUCGCAAUGGCCAAGAACAAGGUCGGAAAAAAGACGUCGCUAAAGGCUGCUCUAUCAUCGCAGCAAACCAGGCUGAAGAAGAAACAAGAAGCUGCGCAUGCAGCCGAUCUUAUCAACAAAGCGACGCAAUCGAAAGCAAAAGGCAAGGCGAAAGCUACACCACUACGUCCCACCAUUCCAUUCCACUCUACGGACCGGAUAUUACUUAUCGGAGAGGGAAACUUCUCUUUUGCCCACGCGCUCGUGGCAGAUCCACCUGCGAACCUGGAAUAUCUGCCCGGGGCGAAUGUGACCGCCACUGCCUACGACACCGAAGUCGAAUGCUACGGGAAAUACCCAGACGCUGCAGGGAUCGUCAAUGUUUUGCGGGAACGGGGCAUGGAAGUGUUGUUUGGCGUUGAUGCUACUAAGCUGGAGAAGUGUGCAGCACUAAAGGGCAGGAGAUGGGACCGGAUUGUCUGGAAUUUCCCGCACGCAGGCAAGGGUAUAGCUGAUCAGGACAGAAACAUACUGUCGAAUCAGCUUCUGCUGUUGCGUUUCCUUCGUUCGACUGCACACUUUCUGGCAGCAGGUCCCACUCCGUCAGUGAACCAGAAACGCAAUCACAAACGAACAGAAGAUGAUGACGGCGACGAUGCGCCAAGCGAUGCGGAAGAAGACGCACUUGAUGGUGACCAAGGGAAUACGUCUAUCAAGACACGCGGAACCGUUCUCAUCACUCUUCGAGACGUUUUGCCAUACACUGCAUGGGAUGUCCCGAAGUUGGCGAAGAAUCCUCCGCCGCCUUCAGGUAACGAGGAGCCAAGUCCACGAUACAUACAGCUUCGGUCGUUUGUAUUCCAUCGGAAGCUCUGGAAGGGGUAUGGUCAUCGCAUGACGAAAGGCGAGAGAGCACAUGGGCAGGGGACGACAGGUCAUGGAGGGGAGGAUCGUACGUGGGAGUUCUGUCUGGCAGACUCAUGAGCAAGAAUUUGGUCGAUGUGGGUGCAGUAUCCGAUGCUGGCUUCGAUAGUACGGUCGUGGUACAGCUUAUACACAUGCUCUAACUGAACGUUAAUUACAAGCUGCUGG